UUUCUCUCCCUCAGUUGGGAGGUUCCCCACACUCUUUCCCAGAGCUGGGUCACAGUUCAAAGUCUCUGCAGGAGCCAAUUUCACUCCCUGCUGUUGCUUCUUCAAGCCAGCUACAGCUUCUCAGUCUUCUGUUUCCUGAGCACGCCCCAGUGUACUACCAGACCUCUAGCCUCUGUCAGCUACUUCUCUCAACCACUUCUCCCUACAGUUUCCUGCUGUAUUGGGAUCACUUGAUCCUUCUCAGAUGAGAUUCAUCUUAAUCAGGGCUGGCUGAGGCCCAGGUUCUCAAGCCCACUGAUUUUUUUUAAUUCUACAAUUCUUUGAAGACCAUUAGUCCCAGUUUGUCUCCAAGCUCCUCACAGAUAAACAGAACAGAAGGAGCUAUGUUAGGAGAAAUAACUGGUCAUUUAUUUGAAAGGAUGAUUAUUAAUUUGAACUGGUUUGUGUGCUUCCCGGUUGUACUGUUUCACCACUGGAUGGGGACAACAUUAUCCUUGAAUCUUGAAGAUCCAAAUGUGUGUAGCCACUGGGAGAGUUAUUCAGUUACAGUUCAAGAAUCUUAUCCACAUCCUUUUGAUCAAAUUUACUACACCAGCUGUACUGACAUAUUGAACUGGUUUAAAUGCACACGACACAGAAUCAGUUACCGUACUGCCUACAGGCAUGGAGAAAAAACAAUGUACAGACGGAAAUCUCAGUGCUGUCCUGGAUUUUAUGAAAGCAGAGAAAUGUGUGUCCCUCACUGUGCUGAUAAAUGUGUCCAUGGUCGUUGUAUUGCUCCAAACACCUGUCAGUGUGAGCCUGGCUGGGGGGGACCCAAUUGCUCUAGUGCAUGUGAUAGUGACCACUGGGGACCCCACUGCAGUAGUCGCUGCCAGUGCAAAAAUGGAGCCUUAUGUAAUCCCAUCACUGGAGCCUGCCACUGUGCUUCUGGUUUCAAGGGCUGGCGCUGUGAGGAACGCUGUGACCAGGGAACAUAUGGAAAUGAUUGCCACCAAAAAUGUCAGUGUCAAAAUGGAGCCACCUGUGAUCAUGUGACUGGAGAAUGCAGAUGCCCUCCUGGAUAUACUGGUGCUUUCUGUGAGGAUCUUUGUCCCCCCGGCAAGCAUGGGCCACAGUGUGAAGAAAGAUGUCCAUGCCAGAAUGGAGGAGUGUGUCACCAUGUGACUGGGGAAUGUGCCUGCCCACCUGGAUGGAUGGGCACAGUCUGUGGUCAGCCUUGUCCAGAGGGUCGUUAUGGAAAGAACUGCUCCCAGGAGUGUCAAUGCCACAAUGGAGGAACAUGUGACUCAGCAACAGGGCAAUGUCACUGCAGUCCAGGUUACACAGGGGAACGAUGCCAGGAUGAAUGUCCAGUGGGAACUUAUGGAGUGCAAUGUGCGAAGACCUGUCAGUGCAUGAAUGGAGGGAAAUGCUAUCAUAUUAGUGGUGCUUGUCUCUGUGAUCCAGGAUAUACGGGAGAACACUGUGAAACAAGGCUUUGUUCUGAGGGAGUCUAUGGUCUCAAGUGUGACAAAAAAUGCCCCUGUCACUUGCAGAACACUCGCAGCUGUCACCCUAUGUCUGGAGAAUGCUCCUGCAAGCCAGGCUGGUCUGGACUCUACUGUAAUGAGACAUGUUCUCCUGGAUUCUAUGGAGAAUCUUGUCAACAGAUCUGCAGCUGCCAAAAUGGUGCUGACUGUGAUAGUGUGACUGGAAAAUGCAUCUGUGCCCCUGGAUUUAAGGAUUCUGAUUGUGCUACUCCUUGCCCUCCGGGAACCUAUGGAGUAAACUGUUCUUCUGUGUGCAACUGCAAAAAUCAAGCCAUCUGUUCUCCGGUGGAUGGUUCUUGUACCUGCAAAGCAGGUUGGCAUGGUGUGGAUUGUUCAAUAAACUGUCCCAGUGGCACAUGGGGUCUUGGUUGUAAUUUAACUUGCCAGUGCCUUAAUGGAGGGGCUUGCAAUGCUUUGGAUGGAACCUGUACCUGUGCUCCAGGUUGGAGAGGGGAAAAGUGUGAACUCACUUGCCAGGAUGGCACAUAUGGAAUGGACUGUGCUGAGCGCUGUGAUUGUAGCCAUGCAGAUGGCUGUCAUCCAACCACUGGUUACUGUCGCUGUCUCCCUGGAUGGUCAGGUAUACACUGUGACAGCGUGUGUGCCGAGGGUCAAUGGGGUCCAAACUGUUCAUUGUCCUGUUACUGCAAAAAUGGAGCUUCGUGCUCUCCAGAUGAUGGAAUCUGUGAAUGUGCACCAGGAUACAGAGGCACCACUUGUCAAAGAAUUUGCUCUCCUGGGUUUUAUGGACAUCGUUGUAGCCAGGCAUGCCCCCAGUGUGUGCACAGCAGUGGUCCCUGCCAUCAUGUAACUGGACUUUGUGACUGCUUACCUGGUUUCACAGGAGCCCUCUGCAAUGAAGUGUGUCCUAGUGGGAGAUUUGGCAAGAAUUGUGCCGGAAUUUGCACGUGCACCAACAAUGGAACAUGCAAUCCUAUUGACAGAUCUUGUCAAUGUUACCCUGGGUGGAUUGGCAGUGACUGCUCUCAGCCUUGCCCACCUGCCCAUUGGGGUCCAAACUGUAUUCACACCUGCAAUUGCCAUAAUGGAGCUUACUGCAGUGCCUAUGAUGGGGAGUGCAAAUGUACUCCAGGAUGGACUGGCCUUUAUUGUACCCAGAGAUGUCCCUUGGGGUUUUAUGGGAAAGACUGUGCGUUAAUAUGCCAGUGUCAGAAUGGAGCUGAUUGUGACCACAUAUUGGGGCAGUGCACCUGCCGCACAGGAUUCAUGGGGAAACACUGUGAACAGAAGUGUCCCCCAGGUACAUACGGUUAUGGCUGCCGGCAAAUAUGUGACUGUCUGAACAACUCAACUUGUGACCACAUCACAGGAACUUGUUAUUGCAGCCCAGGCUGGAAAGGAGCAAGGUGUGAUCAAGCUGGUGUGAUCAUAGUAGGAAACUUGAACAGUUUAAGCCGUACCAGUACUGCUAUCCCUGCUGAUUCCUACCAGAUUGGGGCUAUCGCAGGAAUCAUUAUUCUUGUCCUGGUUGUCCUCUUCUUGCUUGCACUAUUCAUUAUUUAUAGACACAAGCAGAAGGGGAAAGAAACAAAUAUGCCAGCAGUUACCUAUACACCCGCUAUGAGGGUCAUCAAUGCAGAUUACACCAUUUCAGAAACCAUUCCUCAUACUAAUGGUGGGAAUGCCAAUAGCCACUACUUCUCCAACCCUAGCUAUCACACCCUAACACAGUGCACAACCCCACCUCAUGUCAACAACAUGGACAGGAUGACCCUUGCUAAGUCAAAAAACAAUCAGCUGUUUGUGAAUCUUAAGAAUGUGGAUCAUGGAAAACGGAGUGCAGUCCUGGACUAUACGGGAACACUGCCUGCAGACUGGAAACAUGGAGGCUACCUCAAUGAGCUUGGUGCUUUUGGGCUUGACAGAGGAUAUAUGGGAAAAUCCCUGAAAGAUUUAAUGAAGAACUCAGAAUACAAUUUAAGCAACUGCUCAUUAAGUAGCUCUGAAAAUCCAUAUGCUACUAUUAAAGAUCCACCAGCACUUGUGCCAAAAAACUCAGAAUGUGGAUAUGUUGAAAUGAAGUCACCGGCACGCAGGGACUCCCCAUAUGCAGAGAUCAGCAACUCUGCUUCAGCCAACAAGAAUGUUUAUGAAGUUGAACCUACCGUGAGUGUUGUCCAGGGCACAUUCAGUAACAGUGGACCUUUCAGCCAAGAUCCUUAUGAUCUUCCAAAAAACAGUCAUAUUCCAUGCCAUUAUGACUUGCUACCAGUUCGAGAUAGUCCAUCAUCCUCUGAGAAAGAGGUCAGCAGUGAAUGACCUCAAGCUCAUUGUAUGGCACAGUGGAACUCUUAAGGAGAAUGGUGGCUUGGUUAUGCUCCUUCCUGUACUUUGCCACCAUAUUUGGCUCCUAAUCCAUUCUGUAGACAAUUGCUGUAUGUUAAACAGGAAUCUCAAGCUGAGGUUUGUAUACACAGAUACGGCACAUGGAUAGAUGCCAAACUGAAGAGACCCUGAUCAGAUUUUCCAUUACAGUUAUUUUUACAAAGACACCAAUUCCACACAUUUACACUGUAGUAUACUUGUUUAAACAUAUUAGUUUGCAGAACAGUUCUGAUAACAGUUCCAUUCUGCUACUUUGAAAUUGUAUUUCAUGUUUGUUUUUCACUUGCUCAUGUUUCAUAGUAGAGAUACCCCUAAGGACUGUACAACCUACCAAAUAUCCACUUCUUACAGGUAGUCUGAUUCAUUUGUUAUCUAGAAGGAAAACUGUAUGAUAUUGCCAGAUUUCUUUCACAUCACAUCAUAUUGUGGUGGAUUAUAUUGUUUUUAGUCAAAAUGUGUAAAAAGACUUGAUCUGAUGGGAUGUAACCAAAUGCAAUGCAGAAGUGAUUUGAAAAACUCAACACACGUUUUUCAUGUUGACUACUGGUUAUGGAAAUACAUUGCCUGUGUAGUUUUGAAGGUGAUGAAAGCAUUGCAUGCAUUAAUAUUAUUGCAACACCCAAAGAUCAAUGGAUACCCCAUACUAGUAGGCUUUGGCACACAUCCUUGCCAAAUCAUUUGGUGCAUUACUGCUCCAUAUACUACAAUUCUGACCAUCAUUCCUGUCAUACACGAGUAAUAAUCCAUAACAUAUCAGUAAUUAUUGCAUAAAUAUGUAAAUGAAAUCAGUUUAUUUUUGUCAGAAUGGACUGAAUGAGUGUGUAAGGAAUGGACAAAAAUGAUGAAUGCUGUAAAUUUGAAGUGCAAGAAAAGGUUUAAAUUUUAUAAACAAGUAGUAAUAUGGACUGUAAUAUAGAAUAAGAAUAGUAGUGUUUUGAUUAAUUUUUUUCCCUAGGAAUGACUGAACAAUCUCUGUGCAUACUUGCUAAGAAGGCACCUUUUUUAAUAGUUGAUGUAGGGAAAAUAUGCUUAAGCUGGUCUUUUGCAUUGCUAAUAACUUGACACAUAUACCCCAUUUUUCAUUAACUUGUAUCUCCAUUUUUAACUUUUGUAUCUAUGUUUCUAGUGCGCUAGCUUAUAACUGCAAAAUAUUUUAUUGUACAUUCACUGUUUAUUGCAUUUUUGACAGCUGGCCUUUAUUUUGUCUGGUUAACAAAUACUGACUUUUUCUCUUUGGGAGGGAUGGGGGGGGAGUAUAAAAGUGAGAAUUGAUAUAAUAUUAAUGUCCACCAGAGAUGGGCUAAACAGGUUAGGUAGUAGUGUAAACUGAUGGAUUGAAUCAGCAGG